CACAGGUACAAACACACAUACAAAAGUUUGAGUUAUUCUUUGUCCCUCUUUCUAUUACAUCGGUUUCAUCCCUAUAAUAUCUUCAUUGCCACUUGCUAGUGUUAGUUCUAACUCCAAUAACCUAUUAGUACUGCUAGUUAUUCUGUAGAAGUACCAACAAGCGCCAAUGCCGUCUCCAUUGCGGCAGUGAGUGGAUGAAUUCACUACUACUACUAUUACUACUACUGCUGCUUCCAUUGGCGCUGCUGCCUUUGCUGCUGCUGCUCUCUCAAUUCCAACUCAAAACGUUGCUUUAAUUGUCAGCGCUGCUACCACGUUCCCUGGAUAAACUCAUACAGAUGUUUUGGUACUAACUAACAGCGAUCCUUCAAGGGCUAAAUGGUGUGAAGGCUCCAACUGAACCGGAUCUGUGAGACAUGAAAUGAGAGUCAAGCAUUGUUGGAAACAAAGCAGUUUCAUAGCAACCAUCACCACAGACUGUCAUAAUGAACAAAAGGGCUUCUUCCUACCUAGACGCAAUCUUUUCUCAUUUGAAGGAGAGACGAAAUAAAAUGUGUAAUUACAGUGAGAUAGAAUAAUUUCAAGUGCUUCUAUGUUCACACUUUAAUUGAAAAUCUAAAACAGAAAAGCUUAAAGAGACAAAAUGUUAUCCAGGCGUGACAUUGCGUAUCUUGAAGGAACAUCAUGAUUCCUUUUACUCUUGGAAAUGUAAUUGAUAUUAUGAGUGCAAAUCAACUAAAAUCUGUACUUAGCAAUUUUUUUUAUCACUUUGUUAUUUCAAGUUAAUGAAGUUGGUUACAGCAUAACUAUAAUAUCGUGGUGUUGAAAAAGAGAAUACCAAAAAACUGUGAAUUUACACACACACACACAAAUAUAUUCAUAAUUGGAUCGCUCUCUAAAAUGAUAAUAUCUUUUAGGCGUUUCUCAAUGUACAUGAUGAAUAUAACUUAAAUAUUACUUGUCAGAAGAAUUUACUUAUCUGAAUGGUAACGCUCAAUUGAAUGUACGAGUAAUAAAAGUAAUAAUAAUAAUAAUAAUAAUAAUAAUAAUAAUAUAAUAAUAAUAAUAAUAAUAAUAAUAAUAAUAAUAAUAACAACAACAACAACAAUAAUAAUUGUUCUUCAAGAAUUCCUGAAUAUUUCACUGCCAAUUCUUCUUAAUGAUGUCAUAACUUUCUUUCAAACGAAAAGACUUCGAAAGGAAAUGCUGUGACGGAAUUGAACGAAUAAUUCGAGAUAUUCAUUACAACGAAUUCACAUUAAAAGAAUAAAUAAACGUUUACAGUUUUUCAAUGGGAUGAAUAAAAUAAUGACUCUAAUAGGUAUCUUACCAUACAAAUAAACGUAAAGUGUACUAUGUGAGAUAAAGAAAUAGAACCAAACGAAAGUGGACGACUCGUUAGCAACUGUGUUGCUUAACUUUAUCCCAUACUAUUGAAUUAUGGUUUUCUAAAGGCAAUCUAGAAACAUGGAUGCAGGAUAAAGCAAAGGAACCUCAGGUCCUUUAAAGCGAGCGUUUUUCUCUGUUACCGUGACGGAAGGGAAAAGCAGGUGUGAAGAGUAUAACUCAGCGUUUCGGACGGUUUCUUCGGCUUCUUUGUAAUUCUCUCAAGCUGGCUACCUCUGCAGAAGAAUUAGCCGACAGUGGCUCCACUGGCGACGAAAGAAGUUCCACUCAGCGCAGCUAUGAACCGUAUGAGCUGCAGAUCUACUCAGAUUUGGGAACGGACCACGAUGACUCCAUCGAAAUCCUCUCGUGUCAACUGGAACCGGGAGAAUCGAUAUAUUACAAAAUGGAAAGCGGGACAACGACGAGGUGCAAGGAGGUAGUUAAACGCUUUGCCAAGAGAGAACCCACUAAGAAACAGAAGUUGAUCGCCCGUGUUGUCAUGAUCGUCUCCAUGACAAUGCUGACUGUUAGCGUUCUUUUGGUGAUUGUUUCCCUCACAAUGUCUGAACACAUCGAUGAUUUAGCUAGAAAAAUAACAACCCACAAAAUUCGAACGGGACUAUCUAGGGUUUCGACUUCAGAGAAUAUGACUUCGGCGAAAUCUGUUUAUGUGCACGAUAACAAGUCAGCCACAGAAGAGACGUUUAUAUAUACACAGAUGUCUACUGAUAUAGUUCUCAACACAACAGAGUAUCACAAAUUCAGUUAAGCUAGUCUACUAAUGUAAGCAUCGACUAUUUUUGUUCGAACAAGUUUUAUGAUAUAGUUAGAAUAUCAGGUGUUUCUUUCACUGAUUAACUAACAACACUUCUAAAGAACAUUAUUGAUUCUUUGGCAAAAUCUUAUUUAUUUAUGAUUGCAGUAAAAUCACAUAGGGAUAAAUAGAAGAUUUGUCCAACACUAUUAUGUUAUUUUCAUAGCUCUUUUAAAGUAUAAUCUUGUGAAUUAUACUAAACGUUUUAACGUAAAAAACUGUCUGAAGCAUCAGUCUCUGAUAGCAAAACAAACUUUUUUUUAAACCUAUUAAAGAAAUUUUUAACU